AUGUCAAUACGUAUUUCUACUUCUGUUCGUAUCUGCAAGUACCGCCCCAGAUUUAUCGAACACUGCUCUAACCGGGAUAUAGUCAAGUCGUACACGUCACGGACAGCGUAUCCCUUCUGCGCGAGCACAAUGACGCAGUGGCACUACAGAAUCGCUCUUGACCAACCCACGCUUAUCGAGAUCCUCGGCGCUUCAGGUGCCUAUUCACAGUCGUGGAACUAUGCCAGAGCGGGGUAUCCACAGCAUAUCGUGGAAAAGAUCGGUCGCGACGCACUGUCCCUCAAGGUUCAAGCAAUGCAUUCCCUACGCACACUACUCAAUGAUGAUCGACGAAGCACGUGGGAAUCCACUGUUCCCAUUAUAGCACAGCUUCUCUUUAUCGAGGUAACUUAUGAUAAACGGGAGACUAGACCAAAAAGUUGA